AUUUUGCAAUAGUUUAAGCCAAAGACAGCCUAAUCAGGAAUGAAGAGACAGAUUUGUUCAUUAUAGGAGCUGGCCAUCACAGAAACAGUAAGAGCUACCUAACCUGGCAAUUUCAAAUGGGGUGUUCUUAAAAAUUAAAAAAAAAUUAAAAAAAAGAGCUAGCUAAGACCUAAAAGAGGGGGUAUACCCAAUUCCACUCCCAUCCCAUCUCCACCCCUCCAAUGGCCAAAAGACAGCACACCCUUAGCUUGUCUUAUGGCUACUAAGGGGGUGGGAUUACAGUGGAAUAGGGUUGUCCCCUUUGUCCCUCUUAUUAGGUCUUCCUAGCUCCUCUUAUACUUAAAUGUUUUGUGCAACCAAGGGAAUUUUUAAUGGGUGAGAUUACUUGAGAAGUGAAAGUUGGAUUACUCCACCCCUUACUGUCCAUAUUUAUAAAUCCCUGGAUAUGGGAUUUAUAUCCCCAUACUCUGGGGAUGGAUAUGGGAUUUAUAUCCCCAUACUCCCCAAACUCUGGAUAUGGGGAGACCUGCGAAAUUUAUAUGGCUUUAAAUGCCUCAGGAAAGGACAGGAACUUGUUGCUUUCGUUCCUUCUCCACCACAUCUCACCUCCCAGUGAGGGAACGAGGCAAAGCCUCUAACUAAGGUCGGGGAUCAAGGCCCAGGCUCACUCUCAGGUUACAGCGUCCCCGCCCCAGGCCAGGCGGGUCUAUCCCAGACUUUGCUAGCGGCAAAAGCCGAAGUCAUUCUCUGAAGGCCGGCAGCGAGGAUUUCUUUGUCUCCCAGUCUCUGUCUUGGGCUCAGACUGGGGUCGGGGUUGCUCCAAGUGCAGACUCUCGGGUCCAGCCUGGCUCUGCCCGCCACAGGCCCGGCAGUCUAGCAGGAAAGACAAGAUUCCGUGCUUGGGAGCAACAACCGGGCGGGGCGCCCUCAACCUGGAGCUCCGGUCGGUCGAGGCCAUGUGGGAACCCUCGGGCCGCGCAGGCGUCAAUCUUUCCCAGACACCACCACUCCCAUGAGGCCCUGCAGCGGCCGCAGACGUCCUCGCGCUCCGCCGGCUCCGGAGGGCUAGGGGACUCUCACCGCGCUGCAUUGUGGAAUACAGAGUCUAAUAGAAGACCUAGCCCGUACGAACUCCCGUCUAAGCUCACGUGUUUACCUUGUGCACUGGGGUGGGGGCGUCAAAGAAGAGCAGCUACAACAUUUCGUCAUAAAACCGCGACCAGACAGGCGGCGCCAUCUUCGAACUUGGACUUCCGGAAGGACUUUGGCGAGGGGGCAGCCAUUUUGGGGGGUGCUGAUGGAUACCUACGGGGUCGGCUAUGUUGCCUUGGGGGAGGCCGGCCCCGUGGGGAACAUGACUGUGGUAGACUCUCCUGGACAAGAGGUGCUAAACCAGCUUGAUGUCAAGGCCUCUUCAGAAAUGACCAGUGCGGAGGCUUCUAUAGAGAUGUCAUUACCUACCCCUUUGCCUGGAUUUGAGGAUUCUCCUGAUAAGAUGAGGCUCCCUCCAGAUCAGGAAAGCCUCUCCAGACUGGAACAGCAAGAUCUUUCUUCAGAGAUGUCAAAGGUCACAAAACCUAGGGCCUCAAAGCCUGGCCGGAAGAGAGGUGGUAGGACACGAAAAGGCCCCAAAAGGCCCCAACAACCUAAUCCUCCAUCAGCCCCUCUGGUUCCUGGUCUCUUAGAUCAAUCCAACCCUCUAUCUACCCCCAUGCCUAAGAAACGAGGUCGAAAGUCCAAGGCAGAGCUGCUACUGCUGAAGUUGUCAAAAGACCUAGAUCAGCCAGAGUCUCCACCUCCAAAGAGGCCCCCUGAGGACUUUGAGACCCCUCCUGGGGAACGACCCCGCCGAAGGGCUGCCCAAGUGGCACUUCUGUAUCUUCAGGAACUGGCUGAAGAGCUCUCAACAGCCCUGCCUGCUCCUGUAUCCCAACCUGAGACCCCCAAGGUGAGCAGCCCCACUAAACCAAAGAAGAGCCGGCAGCAGACGACCUGUCAAGGUGAAGAAGAGGAGGAGGAUACUGCACGGGAUGAAGACUUUGUUCUUCAGGUUGAGGCUCAAGAUGGAGAAGAAAGUGAGGCUCCAAGUGAGAGCUCGUCUGACCCAGAGCCUGCAGUGCCCCGAAGCAUCCCACGAGGAUCCACUUCAGGGAAACAGAAGCCACACUGCCGAGGAGUGGCUCCCAAUGGCUUACCAAAUCACAUCAUGGCUCCUGUUUGGAAGUGCCUCCAUCUCACCAAGGACCUCCGAGAACAGAAGCAUUCCUACUGGGAGUUUGCUGAGUGGAUUCCUUUAGCCUGGAAGUGGCACUUGUUAUCCGAGCUUGAGGCUGCUCCCUACCUGCCCCAGGAGGAGAAGUCACCACUGUUUUCUGUACAACGUGAAGGGCUACCUGAAGAUGGCACACUCUACCGAAUCAACAGAUUUAGCUCUAUCACAGCACAUCCAGAGCGCUGGGAUGUGUCCUUCUUCACUGGGGGACCACUCUGGGCUCUGGACUGGUGCCCAGUCCCAGAGGGGGCAGGAGCCUCGCAGUAUGUGGCCCUUUUCUCCAGCCCUGACAUGAAUGAGACACACCCACUGAGUCAGCUUCAUUCGGGCCCUGGGCUGCUCCAGCUCUGGGGCCUUGGGACUUUGCAGCAAGAAAGCUGUCCUGGCAACAGGGCCCACUUUGUCUAUGGGAUUGCUUGUGACCACGGCUGUAUCUGGGACCUCAAGUUCUGCCCCAGUGGAGCAUGGGAACUUCCAGGCACCCCACGGAAGGCUCCUCUCCUCGCCCGACUGGGUCUCUUGGCUCUUGCCUGCUCAGAUGGGAAGGUGCUGCUCUUCAGUCUACCCCAUCCUGAGGCCCUGCUGGCUCAGCAGUCCCCAGAUGCAGUGAAGCCUGCCAUCUAUAAGGUACAAUGUGUGGCGACCUUGCAGGUGGGGUCUAUGCAAGCUUCAGACCCCUCUGAAUGUGGUCAGUGCCUGAGCCUGGCCUGGAUGCCUACCAGCCCUCACCACCACCUGGCUGCUGGAUACUAUAAUGGCAUGGUGGUUUUCUGGAACCUUCCCACAAACUCGCCUCUACAGCGGAUACGGCUCUCUGAUGGCUCCUUAAAACUCUACCCCUUCCAGUGUUUCCUAGCCCAUGACCAGGCUGUGCGUACCCUUCAAUGGUGCAAAGCUAACAGUCACUUCCUUGUCUCUGCGGGGAGCGACCGGAAAAUCAAAUUCUGGGACCUUCGACGACCUUAUGAACCAAUAAACUGUAUCAAGCGCUUCUUGAGUACAGAGCUGGCCUGGCUGCUCCCCUACAAUGGUGUCACUGUGGCUCAGGACAACUGUUAUGCCUCUUACGGACUCUGUGGGAUUCAUUAUAUUGAUGCUGGUUACCAUGGUUUCAAGGCCUACUUCACUGCUCCCCGAAAAGGCACUGUCUGGAGUCUUUCAGGAUCCGACUGGCUUGGGACAAUAGCUGCAGGAGAUAUAUCCGGGGAGCUCAUUGCUGCUAUAUUGCCUGAUAUGGCACUGAAUCCAAUAAAUGUCAAGCGACCUGUAGAGCGAAGAUUUCCCAUCUAUAAAGCAGAUCUAAUGCCCUAUCAGGACAGUCCUGAAGGUCAAGACCACUCUUCUGCUUCAUCUGGGGCCCCCAACCCUCCCAAGGCUCGAACUUAUGCUGAAACUGUCAAUCAUCACUACUUGCUCUUUCAAGACACAGAUUUGGGUACAUUCCAGGAUCUGCUCCAUAGAGAACCAAUGCUGCGCAUGCAAGAGGGAGAGGGGCAUUCUCAGCUUUGCCUGGACAGGCUGCAGCUCGAGGCUAUUCAUAAGGUACGUUUCAGCCCAAACCUGGACUCAUAUGGAUGGCUGGUAUCUGGGGGGCAGUCGGGGCUGGUUCGAAUCCAUUUUGUCCGUGGACUCACCUCCCCACUGGGCCACCGUAUGCAGCUUGAAAGCCGAGCCCACUUCAGUGCUAUGUUCCAGCCAUCCUCCCCCACUAGACGGCCUGGCUUCCCUCCACCCAGCCAUCACCUUCUGCCCAAUCCCUAGUCUUGGUCCACACAGGACCCCUGGAAUGAAGUCUGCCAAGAACAAAAGGCUCCCAUGCACAGAGCCAUAGGAACUGGGGCUUUCCUGGACAGUGAUGUUGCCAGGCCUGGACCUUUAGGCCUGCCUCCCCAGGACUCCUUAGAUCCCUCUUCUUCCACAGACUUCUGUGAUCACAGACCCCUGCGGGCAAGGGGGCUCUCCCUCCACAAACUCUCAAGGCUCCUCAGCCUAAGACUGUGGCUCACGAGAAACACUUAGGCCUGACCUAGGCUUGGGAGUCAAACUGCUCAUAUUGAGCAUAUUGUUGAGCGGGUGAAGCUAAGUAAAGGUACUGGGUGUUUUUGAGACCACUUGUGAGUGGAUGUUUGGAGAACUGAAAAAAGGGUAUCUUCAGGAAAGCUCCUGUCUGGCUAUUCCAGGAUGCAAACUUCCCAAACUUCUUCCUUAGCGUUCCUUAGCGUAACCAACACAUAAGCCCAAGAGGGGUGAUAGUAAUUUAUUGGACUGAAGUUGCUUAUAGUACUUCUUUAACUGAGGAACACCACAGACACCCUACUAAUAGAACAGUGGCUCAGAUCUUACCUGCUCCUGCUUAUGAAAUAUUCCCAAUCACUGGUCAUAUGACCCUACUUGAACACGCCUAAACAGUCAUGUUUUUAAAAAUCUUCCUUUAUAUCAAGUCAAAGAGUAUACCUCUAUAAAUUUUAUUCAUGGAUGUUAGGAAAUCUAGUCAUUAUUCCCUGUGAUUGCCCUUUUAAGUAUUUAACAAUAGCUAUCAUGUGUUUUCCCAAAUCUUUUCUUCUCUAGAUUAAAUAUCUUCAGUUACUUCAA